AUGAUUGCAGGGAUAUUCUUCCUAUGGAUUUGGGCUUCUAUGGCCCUAGGUAGAGCCGUACCACCAGUGCUUGCCGAUUUGUCAAAACCCAAACUAGACCAAAUUGACAGGAGUAAAGUUUAUGAACCCAAUCCACCAGCAACGAAUAGCGUUUUAAUGGUGUUGGAGUACUUUGACGAAGAUCAGGGGAAACCAGUUGAACAUGAAAUGACGAUGGAACUGUACGGUACCGUAGCUCCCAAGACUACCAGGAAUUUCCAAUCUUUGGCAAGAGGUGUAAAGAUUCGUUAUGAUGGACAAUCAGAGGAACAGUUUCAACAGGUUUCCUACAAGGAUACGCUUUUCCACCAUGUGGAACCAGGGAAAUUGAUUCAGGGUGGUGACAUAUUGGAAGAUCACAUCCCCUUUUCAAUCUAUGGAAACUCUUGGCCAGCAGAAAAUUUUGACUUGAAGCAUGAUAGGCCUGGUAGACUUUGUAUGGCUAAUAAUGGGCCUGAAGAUCAAAAUUCGCAAUUUUUCAUCACGACAGGCAUGCAAGGUGAACCAGAUUUUGAUGGAAAAUACGUCGUUUUUGGUCAAGUUGUUGCUGGAUUAGAUAAACUAAUCCAAAAGAUUCAAUAUACUCCGCUUGGUGUAGGGGGCAAACCAAUCCACAAUGUUAAAUUGAAGUACGUUUUGGCUUACGAUCUAGCGAUAAUGGAUAAUGUGGCUCAACAUAAUGCUUACCUCAAGAAAUUAGAAGAUUAUAGAAAUGGUGAUGUAAGCAAAGGUGUUACAAUGGGGUUGACACUUGCUGAAGGUGAAAAAGAGGAAAAGCAAUUGAAUGACAUAAUGUUCAAUGACCUACACCAUCCUUUGACUAAAGUACUUAUCGGUGUCUUCGUUCUUUUAUUAGUAUAUUUGGUAGUAAGACAUAAAAGAGUGCCAAAAGCUCUAAGAAGAGUUUGA